GCGACAACGGUGGGGACACGUUUACCUCGUCGCUUUCGGCAGUUUUCUCUCACGCUUAUACACGCACCUCUGUGGUCAUAUUACGCACAGAGGGUCGCUCGCGCGUUCAUUUAUUUCGCGCGCGUACGAUACAAGUAUCGUCUCUCCCGUCUCUGUGUACACAUAGCGCGUGAAUAACAGUUUAUAUUGGGAAUAAAAUAUAAGGCCAGUGAGAAAAGAGACUGAUAAAGUACUUGACUUGAGCUCUCAGCUCUGUACAUUUGAAAGAUUUAGUUAGAAGUAUAGUUAUAUUUUAAAGAUGUCUGCGGAAACGCUCAGUGAUUCAGAGCUAAGAACAAAGCUUUUGGAGUAUGGCUAUCCUGUUGGACCUGUCACCUUAACCACUAGAAAAAUUCUUAUCAAAAAACUUAAGAAUCUUAUGGAAACUAAGGGUGGGUCAGGCUCAAGACACUCCAUGGCUGCAAGAUUCAGCAGUGAUGAUACAGAUGAUGAUUCUUCAGCUGCUGCUAAAAAAAAGAAAAAAGCCCCUCUAAAUAACCGUAGACAAACUUUGGCAAAUCCCAUGCCACCACCAGUUUCAACUGUACCUAUCGCAGCACCUAGUGUGACUAAAAGUCCAUCCAAAAAAAGAUUGACAAGGAACCUACCUGUUGCUGAUCCUCCAGUAACUGAUGAAUUACCAGCAAUACCGAGUAUAAACUUUAGAAAUUCACCUACAAUUGCCAAGCCAGAAAGAUCAAAUGCUACAAAGAAUAAUAGAUCAUCAAAAGAAAAAGAUGAUUUGGAAACUGGCUCAGAUUCAGAUGCUGUUGAGGAAAUUCCUAAAAAGGCUCCUGUAAGUAGUAAAAUAAAUACUGCAACACCCAAGGGACAAAAUGACCGCACUACUGGGUUAACAGCAGCUGAUGUUAAUUCUCCAAAGCCUUUUGAUGCUAACUGGAGAAGACAUCUUAGAGAAAAUGAAGAAUCUAGUUUACGCGCCACUUUAGCAGCAAAAAAUGAAAAAUAUGGAGUUCAUUUACCAAAAUCAAAUCUACCUUCAAGCAGCUCAAAUACAAACAUAAAAGAUAUCAGAAUAAAACAUCUACCAAGUAAUUUGAAACCGGACGAUAUUCUUAAUAAUUAUGAAACACCAUAUUUAUCUGAAUUCACUCGGAGACUAAGUGUUCAAGCAUCCUUGAACUCCCCCACUCUGUCUAAGGGAUCAUUGAAAGCAUCAAAAUAUCGUUAUUCAACUUAUGGAGUAACAAAUGAAGAAACAGAAUCAGACUCUAAUGGGCACUUCCGUCACUCUACAAGACCUAUAUUACCAGUUUCCAGUAUGCCUUACGUUACAUCAUCUUUGGACAAGAGUAACAGAAUAAGAACAGAACAAAACAAGUCCCAAACUGCAACAAUAAAAGAAAACAAGAACUGGCCGUUAAUUGGUGCUUUUCUCCUAGUAUUCGUAGUAUUGGGCAUUUUAUAUUUUAGACUUGAAGAAAAAAGUGAAUAUCCUCUUUUACCCGCUGAUAGUGACAUACCAAUUUGUUCUAUGCUAAAAAUUGCAAGUCCAUAUCCUGGCACAAAUUGUGUUCCUGAAGAUAGUGUUAAAGAUACUUUGCAGCUUAUAAAGAGGCUACAUCCAAUUUUAACAAAAAGAGCCAUAGCUGCUGAAUGUGAAGGUUCUAAAGAACCACCAUUUAUAAACUCACAUGACAUUGUUAAAAUGUUCCUUUCUUCGGACAUGCAGCAAGAAACCAAGCUCAAAGAGAACUCACAUAUGGCACAUUUACUUAUAUUUAAAAAUCCUAAGUGGGGUAUAUCUCUGGUAGAUAUUGAAGAUGGAAAUUUGUCUACGCAAAUACUCGAUGACAUGGAAAAAGUGUUUGUAAGCCGAUUAGACAAACGAUUAGGAUUAAUGAUUGCCGAACCUAAUUUGCCUCUGCAAUGUCUUGUUAGGAAACAAAUUUUGACUGUAGUUUCUGCACUCCUGAUUGCAGCUUUUGGUGCUCUUACUAUUAUUGGAAGUCUCAAGAUGGUACGUGCUUAUAUAGAUUACAAGAAAAACUCAGAACGAGCGGUUUUUUCAAUAGUAGGUGAUAUAAUAAGUAUACUUGAAUUGCACCAUUCAACCUAUGCUACAAGUAGUCCUGGAGGCACUCAAGAAAGCUAUCUUGCCAUUAAUCAUAUAAGGGACAAUAUAAUUCUUCCAAAAGACAGAAAAAAAAUGGCAAAGCUUUGGGAUAAAGCUGUUAAAUUUUUAGACGAAAACGAAUCACGAAUUCGAAGAGAAGUUCAAUUAGUAGCGGGAGAAGAACUCCAAGUAUGGCGAUGGUUAGGCAACGGAACUACUCCACAAUCUCCUGCUCCUGGAUCCCCUAAAAUGUCGAAAGUUUGGCAAGGCAGUGCUUUUGAAACAAUGGAUGGAUCUGUGAAUAGUCUAAAUUGUUCACCAACUCCAUGUCUUAAAAUACGCAACAUGUUUGAUGCAGAUGUUGAAUUUGAAGAUGAUUGGGAAGUCAAAGUUAAAGAUGCCAUAUUAGAGAAAUGCGGUGAAGGCGUGAAAAUCUUACACAUAAAAGUCGAUCGUGGAAGCCGAGAAGGAUGUGUGUACAUGAAGUGUAUGUCUCAAGAAGAUGCUGGUAAAGCUUACAAAGCUGUCCACGGAUGUUGGUUUGAUGGUCAUUUAGUUACUGUUAAAUACUUGAGACUGGAACGUUACCACGAACGUUUUCCAGAAUCAGUUAAUUUCAAGUCUCCUCUCAAGCCAAGCAACAACAAGAGAUUAUCCUUACAAGCACAUUACUUCACAGAUUCAUCGGAAGCUAACUAAUUUAAAAGAUAACAAAAAAAAAAAAAAAUUUCUUUUCAUUUCUUUAAAACUUUUGUUUCAAAUUAAAAAUUACGAAAUGCUUUAUGAUUUGUCUAACUCCGUUAAGGUCCCUUUGUUUUUAUGUAUAAAUGUAGCAACGUGAAGCAAAAAUGGUAAUGUUACUAUGAUUUUAAAUAAUCUCUUUUUGUAUUCUUUUAACUAUUAAUAACUAAGUCUUGUUAUAUUUUGUACUGUCAAUUAAAAUUGUUCCACUGUGAAGCUUGUAA